AUGGGCUUCGAUGCAAUCACUAGCGUUGUCGAUGUCGACGCCUGCGUGACGCAGUAUGGCAUCAGGACCAUCUUGCCUGCGGGGCUUUUGAAAGCUUCUGUGCCAGGGAAUAGGCCCGAUACCGCGUCUAAGAAACGCGACUCGUUGCUGCGGAAAUUUAUUGACGCUCUUUCCAGAAUCUUAUCUGUCGGCACCUUGAGUCGAGGGGACCGUCACCCCACCAGAGUUCCACCACCAGACCGCCACCCCACCAGAGCUCCACCACCAGACCGCCACCCCACCAGAGAACCAUUGCUCCACCACCAGACCGUCACCCCACCAGCCCUCCACCACCAGACCGUCACCCCACCAUUGCUCCACCACCAGGCCGUCACCCCACCAGCCCUCCACCACCAGCCAUCCACCACCAGCCCUCCACCACAAGCCCUCCACCACCAGCCCUCCACCACCAGCCCUCCACCACCAGACCGUCACCCCACCAUUGCUCCACCACGAGACCGUCACCCCACCAGUUUGUGGUGCGCUGUCCAGACUCGCGGCCGUGGCAGCUACCAAAGCCAGGACCGACGAAGCGAUCCAUCGCUCGGAUGUACCUCCCUGGGCGCCCAAUUAGCUGGCAUUGAGAGCAAGCGCCUCGCCGGUCGCGUUAGUAAACCAACAGAGCGACGGAGUGGCCUCUGA